UAUCUGUUCUGCCGCGCGACAAGAUGCACUGGUUCUUAAGCGUUUGCUCGCCAUCUGUGAUCUAUUCGGUGCAUUGCAGAGAUUGGUGCGCGUCGUAGAAGCCGAGAUAGAGAAUUUCUAACCUCCAAACAAACUUAUAAGAAAACGUCAUGUGUAAAUCCUGUCAAAUUUUCGCAACGAAAUUUAUACGACUUGACACGGUAUGCGAUACAGGGUUACAAGUUAGAUUUUGAAUGGCCUUUGUUUGGAAAACUUGAAUGGUAUCCACGAAGUUUUAAUAAUGAACAGCGUUGUAAGUUCCCGGAAGCUUUAGAAAAUUUGCCUCACCGAGCAUCGAUAUCGCCAGAAAAAUUGCUGUUGCUGUUGUCUGGAAGUUCGCAGACCAGGCUCGAUUUCACGCGACAGGGUGCGAAGGAAUUGUACAAGGUCCUAUGAACAAAGACCGCCAGGCUUGACAAGUGUUUGCAACGAAUAAAUAAAAUGAAGACAUCGCCGAUCUGCUGGCUCGUGGCUAGUUUGUUCUUACCAUGCUUCGUUAGUCCUCUUCAGAGCGAACCACGACAAGUUUACUGGCCUAGCUAUUCGCUUUACGAUCCCUCGGAUCCCCGUUUACAGCCAGCAGAAAUACUUUCCUACCGGUACAGUGCUCCAAUGGUUCAAAGGCCACCGUCGCAUGCGACACGGUACGAAUCAAAAUCUUUCCCUGCAUACGCGGUAAAAUAUUUUGAAAACCGCCAGUCAACGUAUUCCGCAAGAGUACCCGAAGAAACUCUACACGCGGAGAGAUAUUACGAUUACCACGAUUUUGUGGCGAAUAAUCAAGAGCGAGGAGAGUCGAGCGACAGGGCACAUCUCGGACAAGCAAAAGACGCGGAAACAAGUUCGAAGGAAAAGGAAAUUAUUAAGAACAUGAGUAUUCUCGAUAAACUACUAUCGGAAGACUCGAACGAAAAAGAUUUGGACAAUGCGAUCCAAGACAAUAUUAUAUCCGAAGAGACGAAGAGGGUUGCCAGAGAGAUCCGAAAACAGAAGCCAGGUUUCUUUUGGACCCUCGCUAGAAUCACCUUCGAAACCAUCAACGACACUAAAUCAGCGAUCCAGCAGAUCGGCGAAAUAGUCAACAAUAGCAUCGUGCCGGAUUCUGCAACGCAAAGUUCGAUGAUGAGUGGUUCCUUGACGGCUAUUAAUACCAAUGCCACUGCAAACAAGACGGCAGAUCUCAACGGAACGGAAACAACGACGACAACGUCACCCACGACGACCACCGAGACGGCCGUCUUACUGACCAGGAGUGAUUUACAGAGUUUGAUCAGACGAAAUGUCCUAGGCCUCGUUAGGCUGUUCAACAUCGAGUGGAAAGAUGCUUUAAACGAAUCGGAAACAACCGUAAGGGAGUUCCGGAAAAAUCUUGGAAAUCAGGUGGACAGCUUUCUUCAGGACAAUCCGAACGCAUACCGAGGAGUGUAAAUUUCAAUACGCUUUGUAACGCGUAGUCAAAGACUGAGUAGCUCUCGUACAAUAUAUCCAUCUUUAGUUAUAACAUUAGUCGAUCAACUGUGUAACCGCAUUUUUACGAUUCGAAUUAAAAGAAACAUUCAAAC